UUAAACCACAUGUUGCAACAGGCUUCAGCGUUAAAGCAUUGCAUUAAAGCUACUGGAUGACACUUAAUUACAGUCAAAUGUGAGAAAUACUUGUGUUGUCUGCGACUUUUACGUAUCCAACAGUCUAACAGAAUGGUUUUCUGUGAUUCCUGUUGCAUUGAGGGUUCCUCUGCUUUUGUGUUGAACACAGCGCCUGUCGUCGCGUCCCGGCAGCACUGACAUGAACAGCAGUCCGAAGAGAAAGAAGGAGAAGAGGGAGGUUAAAGAGGAGGUCAAGAAGAGAAGAAAACCGCCACCAUGUCUGACAAGAAGAUGAGUUCCAGCCGCAAGCAUCAUCUGAAGAGUGUGAUGCUUCAGAUCGCGGCGAAAAUGAUAGCACAGGAGACAAAGGACAUCGCCGACGCCAAGGUGGUCUACAUCUCUGAGAAUAGUCCGGCACCCAGUUUGAGCGGAGACCAGGCCGCCCUCAUGGAAACCUGCAAAAAGCUGGCAGCCAUCAUCGACAGAGCGGAUGAAGAGCGGUACGACCUGGAGUCCAAAGUGGGCAAAGCUAACAAAGAGAUUGAAGACCUGAGGAUCAAAGUGGUGGACCUGGCCGGAGUGAAGAAACCCGCUCUGAAGAGAGUGCGUAUGUCCGCCGACGCCAUGCUGAAGGCUCUGCUGGGCUCCAAGCACACGGUCAACAUGGACCUGAGGGCCAACCUGAAGCAGGUCAAGAAGGAGGUCAAGGAGGAGCCGACAGAAGCCGCUGGCGACUGGCGUAAGAACAUCGAGGACAAGGCCGACAGGAAGAAGAUGUUCGAGACUUCCUAAACACUUCACCUCCGCUGCUGUAGUCGGGUCGUUAGCACUUUUUAUGGAAUUUAUGGAAUUUUUAAUUGAAUUGAAAGAGCUUUUUUUUUGGUUUCAUUAAAACUGUGAGUUUCAGCUCGGCCUGUUAUUGUACAUUUGUAAAGCGAGUGGUUUAGGUGAGAAAUGGCUCCUUUAGUUUCUCGUCUCUCUCUCUCCUCGUCUCUGUUUCAUCCGGUUCACUUUUGACAACUUCCUGCUUCAUUUUGUUUUUGGUAAUAAAUGUGUGUUGCUUCUUACGUCUGCUCGUCAUCGUGAGGAAUUCUGUCUUUGACUCAGUGACGCUGCAGACGAAACACAGCUUGAUCAAAAUAAAUCAACAUUUAGCGAGUUUCAUUAUUGUUUUUGUUAAAGCAACACCUAAUGCUUGUUGUGUUUUUUAUU